GGGUCUUGUAGGAGAGUAGGCUAGGAUGGCCUAGAUGUUGUUGUAGAAUUUUUGGAAUAUUGGCUUCGGCAUGGAUAGCCUAGGCAUUGGAGUAGAACUUGUAUACCUACUUCGGCAUGGAUAGCCUAGGAGUUGGUGUAGAACUUGUAUUCCUGCUUCGGCAUGGAUAGCCUAGGCGUUGGUGUAGAACUUGUAUUCCUGCUUCGGCAUGGAUAGCCUAGGCGUUGGGGUCGAAUUCUCUUUUGAAGUAGAGGUCCCUGGCUAAACUUGUAUGGCCAUUGGGGAUUUUUUGGACUUUGAUCUUUGUAUGGGCUAGUACAAGAUAGCCCCCAGGCUUGAAUGUUGAUUUUUUUGUAUUUCGAAUGAUUUAGCAUGCCUCGUCAUACCCAUAGGAAGCUCGUCGAACGUUCGACAGUUCGAGCGGCUAUGGAGGAUGCUUUGGAUAAUGAGGCGGCGGCAACGGACGUGCCGGGGCCGGGCAUGGUACCACGGAAAACACCUACCUUCGAGGGCACUGGCUGGCGGCCUUCGAAUCUUGCAUGUCGACAAGAGUUCCAUCUGUCCCAGCAGCCACGCGUUGGCUUGGUGAGUUUUGUACUGUGUUUUGAACUUAUCUCUUGAUCUUGUACAGAUCUUGAACUGAUCCACCCAUUUGUAGGCUGACGGGGAGCCGAUGCGCAUAUUUUGGUCUUUGAGGGAUCUUUGUACUAUUUUCCCGACUGUCUAUGACGACGAGGAGGCUCAAGCGAUCUGUACGCAGACGGGUCUGGUUGAUUUCUGGAAUACUUUGGGAAGCGCCCAAGGGAGGACGGGCGUCAAAUCUCGACUACAGGCCCUGCUGGAGCGGUGGUGGGAUACCACCAACACUUUUCAUAUGAUAUGGGGGGAGAUCACCAUUACCCCUUUCGAGUUUGCCAUGAUCACAGGCCUCCCCUUUUCUGAGAGGGAGGUGACUUUCGAUCCCAAAUUGACAUGGCAUCCGGAUGGUGUCAGUGAUUUGAUUGGCCCUGUUGUUGAUUUGACUUCGGAGGACACCUAUGCCCCUUUGACGGUGAUUAUGGCUGGGAUCCGCAGGACGGACAUAUCUGCGGAGCAGAGGGUUAAGCUCUUCCUCCUGGCCCUUGUGAGUAGAGUGAUGGCCCCGGGUAGGAGUAGUCGGGUGCUGGUUGGCUUCCUGGGGGCUUUGAGUGACUUGAGGGUUGUUUCAGACCUCAACUGGGGUGGUCUAGCGUACAACCACCUUUUGUAUGAAAUGAAGAACGCCUCUCGGACUGCACCGGAGAGCAAGGCGAGUGUUGCUGCUUUGUGGAGCGUGUUGGAGAUCUGGGCGUACGAGCAUUUUCUGACCUUGGCCCCAGCUCGCCCUGGGGUUGCAGCUUAUCCGUAUGCUGCCUCUUGGGUAGGAGCGGUGCGCAGUGAUGUGUCUUUGGAGAACUUUCGCCGAGCUUUACGGGUUUGGCCUGUUGGACAGGUGGUUUGGUGUCCUUUUGAUGGUGCGCCUACACCUGAUUCGUCCAUGCGGGCCUACUUCUUGUCUGGGUGGUGGGUCUUGCUCCCGGGGGUGUAUCGUCACAUGUGGUAUCUGGGGGAGCGAGUGUCUCUUCAACAUAGUACGAGAGGCAGGCUCGUCCCUAAGAACCCUCCAGAGACCAUGUUGGCGAAGAUUGAAGAUGUUGCCCAGCUCUAUUCAGAUGCCAUGGAGGCUGGGGACGAGUCCAUUUGUCUCCCUUGGAGAAUUUUAUAGAUAGGAGAGGCAGUCAUGAUGGCCUUUUGGCGAGGCUCGCUCCACCUGUACGCUUUGUGCUGCCGGAGGACUAUAUCGACCCGGAGGAUGUUCCCUAUGCUGACAGGGUAUCUGCCAUGUUGACUCGGACGGAGAGCGGGUGGAGGUUACCGUUCCGGUGGCUUCUCCUCCACAUCGGAGGGCGUACGAUGCAGUACCGGAGCAUUAUGCAGCUACGCCUCGGGUGAGGGUGUAUCGUUGGAUGCUUGUGAUUGACUCCCUAAAGAGGCACUGCGCCAAUCUAACCAAGAAGCUUACUGGCCGGGAUAGAGAGGAGCCUUCUGUGACUGUGAGAUUUUGUAUUCAUGAAGCUUGUACAUGGAUGUUUGAUUCUUGAAUAUUGAAUUUUGUAUAGGAGCGUCGUCGAGGUCGCGGAGAUUCUAUGGACAAGGGGUCCCCAGUGGAUACUUCGAGAGAGCAGGCCGGGCAAAGCUUAGGUUAGGGCCUGGGUCCUAGUACUGGUACUCGUCAGAGGCAUUCUGAUGUUGAUAGGGGAGUUGUUCCCUUUACACAUGCUAAGCCUACCAGGCAUUCUGUUGGAGGUAUGGGCAGUCAGAUGCCUUUUACACCUCCCCCUAGUACUUAUUUCGGAGCGAGUAGCUCCCAGCCUUGGAGUGCAGGAUCUUGGGCUUACUGGUAUGAUGUGGACCGGAUGCGCCAAGUCCGUGAUUUCGAGAUGCAGCGUCAAUUAAUGGUGAUUCCGCAGUCUUAUCAGUACCCUUCCUAUCAGCAGAGAAAUCAUCCGCCUCCCGGUACCCCUCGUAUUUUGGAGCAGGAGCCUGUUACCCCUGGGAUGGGGCUAGAACGGGAUGUGGAGCGUUAUAUGAGCCGAAACAGGAACAAGGAGCCUGUGAUUGACAUUGCGGCUGAUGAUGAUUCUGAUUGAUCCUGCAUGGUAGCGAGUUCCAGCUUGGCUCGGCUGGACUUUUGUAUGAGGAUUUUUGUAUGGAUUUUUGUUGCUUGUACUUGGAGUGUAUGUACUUGGAUUUUGAAAAGUUUGGAAUUUUUGG